AUGCUUUCCUCCUACGCUCCUGUGAUAUCAGCUGAGAAGGCUUAUCAUGAACAGUUAUCAGUUGCUGAGAUAACCAACAGUGCGUUUGAGCCUUCUUCUAUGAUGGUGAAAUGUGAUCCGAGGCAUGGGAAGUAUAUGGCGUGUUGUUUGAUGUACAGAGGGGAUGUGGUUCCGAAGGAUGUGAAUGCUGCGGUGGCGACGAUUAAGACGAAGAGGACGAUUCCGUUUGUGGAUUGGUGUCCGACUGGGUUUAAGUGUGGGAUUAAUUACGAGCCGCCGACUGUUGUGCCAGGUGGCGAUUUGGCAAAGGUGCAACGUGCGGUUUGUAUGAUUAGUAAUUCGACUUCGGUUGCGGAGGUGUUUUCGAGGAUUGACCAUAAGUUUGACUUGAUGUAUGCGAAGAGGGCUUUUGUGCAUUGGUAUGUCGGGGAGGGGAUGGAGGAAGGGGAGUUUAGUGAAGCGAGGGAGGAUUUGGCUGCGCUUGAGAAGGAUUAUGAGGAGGUUGGUGCUGAAGGGGGGAUGAUGUGGGUGAUGAAUCAAUGA